AUGCAAGCACUGCGCCUGGCGCGUCCUAGAGUUCCCCUUCGCCCCUUCGUGCGCUCCAUCGCGGCGACGGCAAGCGCACCUCACGCUGCGGCCUCGCCCGCGUCGUCCUCGUCAUCAUCUGUGCUUCCGCUGUCCAACGUCGAGGCGCAAUGGGAGCGCCUCUCUGCCGACGAGCAGCUCGCCGUGCAUCAGCAGCUCGAGGAGAUCCAGAAGAAGGACUGGAAGACACUCUCCAUCGACGAAAAGAAGGCCGCGUACUAUGUCGCGUUCGGGCCUCAUGGACCUCGUGCUCCUGUUAACCCACCGGGCUCGACGAUGAAGGUAAUCCUCGGCACCUCCGCCGGCAUUAUCGCUGCCUUGGCUUUGUUCUUGUCUGUAAGGACACUCGCCGCGCCCCCGCCUAAGACCAUCAGCAAGGAAUGGGAGGAGGCCGCGAACCAGCGUGCUUUGGAGCAGAAAAUGAACCCCAUCUCUGGUAUCACGUCGGAAGGGUAUUCUGGCAAGGGAUUCGUUACACACAAAUAG